GGCAAAGUGAUUUAAUAUUAAGCAAGUAUGGUAGCUCAUCUCGCUAAUCCAAACCGGCUUGACAGAGACUCCACUUGGGAUGAGUUGGCAACCUUAGGAACUGGGUUGAUCCUUAGCACUCUCUGCCUUUCAGGUUUUCUCUCAAUUGGCCCCUAUCAUUGGGCUUUGACCGUGACAAAAGGACCAAAAUUCCCUUCUCCACUGCCAAUAAGACCUUCUGGAAUGGCCGGCCUACUGUGACCCCUCAGCCACAUCAUCUCAGUGGAUCUCGAUCGCCGGUUCCUGUCGUCCUCUCCUCGAGGCCUCGCACUCCACUGGUUGGACUGGUCACAAUCGGAAUGGGUGCCUCGUGGGACCGAUGGAAAGGAUACCCCAAAUGUGACGAGUACUAGACUAACUGGUACCUGAAUAUUGUAGGUAGUACAUACAGGUGGGUGGAAAAGUAAUCGUGCCUGCGGCACAUGCGCUGCACCUAUUAUGUACGACGGCGAGACCUUGCAUUUCAGCCGUGGGGAGUUGCGUCCCAACCAGCCUACUACGUGCUCAUCUUUCUUGUUCCUGCAUGUGUGUAGGUUAGGGGAGGAUAAUUCUGAGCUGGUCCUAAUUUCUCUGCCCGAGGAUAUUAUUAGAGCAACAACACCACCACCACCACCACCACCACCGGAGACAAAGCACAACGGAUAAAGAAACCAUGGGAGGGGGAGGGCAUUAAAUCAGCACAAUUUUCGUAUUCGGUGGAAAGCAUUUUAUUAUGAAGAGACAUAUUAUAUUAUUAGAGCCGAUUGGCGAUCGGGGGGGCCUUAUGACUCUACGAUGUCUUGGAGAAGGAUG